AUGUCUAAAUGUGAAGACUUCAAAUUUAAUUCCAUACUUGUUCGCUCUUAUAGAUUCAAACCUUAGUGACUAAGCUCCAAGUCCUCCCCAAAAACACCCUACUAUUCAAUUAGCAACGUCAAUUCCUUAAAAACCCUAAAUUCAUCCACACUCUUCCUUCUUCUAUUCGAAAAAUCCCAAAACCCUAAAUUCCCACUCUCUAGUCUUCUUUAUGUAAUUACAAUCAAAAUAAAUCAAAAUGACCCAAAACGUCUGUCACAACUGUAACUCCGGCGACCAUUGGAUCCUCCAUAACGACCUACGAAAUCGUGCAAACCCCCUAAAACUCUGCACUUCAUGUGUUCUCAAACUCCAUCUGACGUCGUUUUGCCCUACUUGUUUUAACCUCCAUGACCCGAACUCCUUAAACCCACCUCCAUGUCUCUCUUCAUCUUCUUCGAACAAUCGUACCCUCACGUGCUUGAAAUGCAAUUCAAUCUCUCACAUCACAUGUGUCCCUCCUAACACCCCCAAAUCUCCUUACCUCUGCUUUCUUUGUUCAAAUCCUAAUUUCAAGUUAUUCGAUUUUAAGAAACCCAGAAAAUCUCAAUCCAAUAAUGGGUCGGAACCCGGGCUUGUGUCUGGGUCUGGGUCCGAAGCAGAAAAUCGACAGGUUAUUGAUGAGAAGGCUGCUAGGAUUCUGACGUUAGCAGCGAGGAUUACGAAGAUUUCGAUGAAUAAAGUGGUUGUUCAAUCGUCAAGUGAAGCUGAGAGAAAAGUUAGAGAAUCUGCAUUGGCUAAGAAACGAGCGAAAGAAGCAAUUGACUAUGUCAUGAGUAUUUCUUCAAAGUUUAAUAAUAUCAAACCGAAGAAGGUUAUUAAUAAUAAUGUUGUUGUUCCGGUUUUAGCUCCUGAUCCGGCCCCGAAUUUAAACCCAAUUAAGGUUGAGAAAAUUGGUGGGGUCUGCAAUGGUGGUGUUGAUCAAGUCAGUAAUGGAAACGGCCCAGUCGCGAUGGCGGUGGAGAGUAAUGGAGGGAGUAAUGAGAAUCUUAAUCAUAUUGGGAAGGAAUGUGAAUAGUAAACAUAAAGGUAUCAACGAUACAGUGAUGAGAGCCAUAUUUUGCACUAUGCAUUAAAUUAAUUUUUGCUUAAGGUUGCUUGAAUCGCAAUUUGCUAAAAAUUUAUGGUCUGAAAUUGGCUUGUUUUGGUUCGUAGAGGGAUUAGUAAAUUAGGUAAUACCGUGUUUAGUUUUGUGAUGUUGAUUUAUGAGUUGAUAUUUAGUGGAUUUUGGAUGAAUUGUGUUGUGGUUGAGGGAGAAGAUCAGUAGAAGAUUAGAGAUUUUUUUUUUAAUGUUUUUUGAUAAACAUCCUCUGGCCUGGAUUUUGAGUUUUUGUUAUUUUGUAAAAUAGUUUUUGAGGAUGUAAUUUGUAGUGUUCAUGGAAAAAAUUAGUUAGAUCUCUAUAAUCCAUGAAUGUCAAUUUUACUGCUGUUUUUAGACUUUGCUAUUAAUGGAUUUUUGUAAACUAGUUUGAGGAUAGAAUUUUUAUUGUUUAGGAAAAAGAAAUUUUGGUGUUUUUUUAUAAUUACUACUAUUAUUAGUAGAAACUAUACUCCUUUGUGGAUUGCUCAAAA